CCUAAACCAUAAGUGCCUCCGCAUCGAUCAGAUGCAUGUGCACGUCACUCCUCACGCCCAAAAACAAUCCACUGACACAUCAUUCCUGGACUUCACUGUCGUAUCCGAACCGCGUCUGUUUAGGUGCGUCAAAGAUUGCUUCUUAUUGCUUCUUGUACCUUGGUAUUUAAGACCCUCGAGUAACUGCCAGUGUUCCUGUCGACUUGCUACACUCGACAAUAGCCAUCAUGAGCCAUCUCGAGCAAGGCGUGCCUUUGGGUCAAACUAUUGUGCCGCAGGCCUAUGGACUCCCUCCGGACGAAGACGAACACGCUGCAAAACUGUCUGCUUGGGCAAACAAAUAUCGCGGUGCUACUGUGGCGGACUUGGACUUACCUCCUGCACUGUCUACCUCUCCCAGCACCUCCCUCUCUUCCGCCAUGCUGUCAGCAUCGUCGCACGACUACUCACAUUUGACUGUCCUGUCUGAAGAGACACGGUCUUUGCUGGGUUACCUACCAAUUGCCAAGUUGAAAAAGCUGUUCGAGUCCAACGAAAUAUCCCCUGACGAUCCCGUCUCUAAGGCAAUGAUGUCAUUCCAAAGAGGAGGAGGAAGGAAAUAUAAAGUCAUCACAAUGGAGACCGAGUUGUGGGAACUUGAAGGCUUCUUUGACAAUGUUGGACCACUUGCAACUGGUGCGACCCAAGAUUUCGCUGUGGUCACGGAUGGAAGUCGCAAAUUUGUACUCGGCAUCUGCACCCGGGACGAUCUGGAAACAUUUGUCAAGAGACGCCCAGCUUAGGACUUGUUAUCAAGCCGGCUUCCAUGGUCCAACCUUAACUUCACACUAUGAAUAGUGUCCUCCCUCCACGACUACCGCCGAAAGUGUGACUGCUUGUAUCAACAAUAUCUAUCUCACCCCCUUGCAAAGAAUCAAGCAGUGCGAAGCAGCGAUUACUAGAGGUGAAAAGGACCUUGAAUGUCUUGCUCGGAUCGUCGACAUGGUUUCUCAGCACCUUGACCAAUUGCUCAACUUCGAACCCUCUUUCGGCCUCGAACUCUUCAACACCGUCGAUAACACACAGCAUUAAUGGUGGCAUCAGGGUGAGCACCUUGCUGAAUACAUGUAUUAGAUCCAGAAGUUGAUAC